AUGAAAAUCAAAUUGUUUAAGGAAUUUAUCUUCAGUAGAAAUCAUAUACCAAAUCUCAUAGUUCAAACAUUUCCUGCAAGAAAAAAUGUGUUAGUUCGUUCACUUAAUUUUGAUGAUGGACAUACUGAUGAGUUUGAAGAUGAUGUACUUCUAUUUAGCGAAGAGAGUAAAAGUAAAAUAUUUAAAACAAAAAUUAUAGGUUUUGCUGAAACUAUGGUACCCAGAUUUGAAGAUAAGGAAUUCAAAUCUCAUUUUCGCUUAAAUAGAAGUAGUGUUCAGGGAAUUGUUGAUGCAAAUUUAAUGUUCAUUGAUAUAUUUGCUGGUUGGCCUGGUCGUUCUCACGAUGCAAGAGUAUACCGUUGUAGUAAGAUUGGCCAAAAAGUAAUUAAUGAUCCUGAAUCUGUUUUGCCACCAUCAUGCCAUAUUAUUGGAGAUGGUGCAUAUCCAUUAUCUGAAGGCUUGAUGAUACCCUUUAAGGAUAAUGGACGUUUGACAAGAGAACAAAAAAUAUUUAACAAAAAAUUAAGCAGUAGCCGAAUAUUGAUUGAACAAGCAUUUGGGAAAUUAAUAGAAAGAUUCAGGAAAUUAAAACAUAUGGAUAUAUAUAAAAAAGAUUUGUGUGGUAAAAUUGUUACUGCAGCAUGUUGUUUACAUAAUGUUUGUAUGUCGGUGAAGGAUAAUUUUGACUGUGAUGCAAUAUUACCAGAAAUCGACUCUCUGGAAUCCAACGAAGAAGAAACUAUAAGUGGUUUAGAAAAACGGUAUAUGUUAUGCCAUYUAUUAGCUAUCUAA